UCCGGUUGGUAAAAAAAAAAACAAAAUGGCUCAGGGUAAGCAGAAGUUUACAGCUCAGCGGCCAGGAUCUUCCAAAAAACACCAACAGAACAAACAGAAAGGACCGAAGAAAGGAGGGAGGAUCAUUGCACCUAAGAAAGCUCAAGUGGUCCAGCAACAGAAGCUGAAGAAGGGUUUAGAGGUUGCCAUCAGAAACAAGAUUGAGCAGGAGGUGACCCAGAAGGCCAGCUCCUCCCUCCACAAGCCACUGAGUGUGGUUAAAGGGGCUGAACGUAAAGGCAACCCAGGAGCAGUCCAUCCAGGAACCAGCUCCAAAUAGGACCAGAUACAGAAGAACACCUAGAGACCUGAUCUGAUGUGCUGCCUUUUAUUACUUUGCAAGCAAGCAAAGUUUAUUUAUGUAGCACCUUUCUAAACCUACGUUACAAGGUGCUUUACAGUAAAACAUAAGAAAU